CAGAACGCACGCUUCAGCCCCCCUAAAGUAGGCCUAACGACACCCCUGUCUGAAGCUGUCACACGAAAUGAUUGGAUGGCCGACCUGUCUGUCUCUAUCUACCUAUACGACUACCUGCGCGCUACCAAGCUAUCUGACCAUCUGAAAAACAAUUCUUACAGUGUGUACUGUCCUCUUAACCCUGAAAAGAGACAAUUAGCAAAUCCAGACGUCACGAUAGGAUAAGAUCCAGUGACUCUUACAGCGUCUUGAUUUAAGAGUUACUCAACUGUGAUUAAUGACAACCCAGCACAAAUCUAUGACGCUAUAGCACUGACAGUAAUGUAGCAGAAACCAGAUUAUGGCCCUGUAUACUUAUUUGAGAUGGAACAUUAUGUUGUGUGUCCUGGGACAGUCUGAGCAAUAUUCUUAAACUUUUCUCUGAAAGAGUCUGAAACUUUUAAUGUGAUCAAGUGCGCAGUCUUUUCAUCGCUCCCCGGAGAAACACCGUGCUCAUAAAUAGUGAUUAGACUGUCCUCAACCAUCAGAGUAACUUUUUUAUGAAUCCUUAAAUCUUGUGGCAUUCAACGUGCUGCUUCCAUUUCUCUCACUUCACAUUACGUCUCCCCUCCGCUGUCCUGAUCUGACAGUGUUGUAACCACACAUUUUAAGGAAAGGCCUGGAUCCAAAUUAGUGACUGUCUGAUGCCAUCGGUGACAGCAGGCCCAGUUGAUAAAACAACCCCGUAGCUGUCUUGGAUCGAGAUUCCCGUUACCCUGUGCUGUUACCUGUAGCGGCCGAUGGAAGAAGAAAAAUGUACUCCCUUUAUUCAUAAGAUAAAUGAAAAGCGUGUACCUCCUUUCAUUACACGCCCAGUUGAGUUGGAUUACAUGGGAUGCUAAACAUAAUUUAUGCUCUUUUGCGUUAAAUUAAAGUAUAUCAUCGCCACUGGGGUCCAUUUGUGGUUCGUGCCUCGCUAAGGCUGAGCCAUCUGUGUGCGCACACACACACACACACAUACACACACAUGCAUGCACGCACACGACCCUGACUUGUUGACGGGGUUUGACAGGCUGUGAAGGAAUGUGUGUGUAUGUGUGAACAUGCACAACAACAAAAAUAAAAAAAAGUCCUUGAACGUUCUUAAAAGGGAAACCGUCUAAAGUCAAUUUGGUUUUAAUCUAAAUGAGGUUUGAAAACGAUGAAGAUUUUAUGUAAAGAGAUUUCUCAACAUUCUGUUGCAUCAGUGUUACAAGCUCACUUGGUAAAACCAAGCAGGGGGGAAAAGAGAAAAAACCCUGAGAGUAGGGGUCUUGCUCCCAUCAGCGCCCCAUUCUGCCGAGUCAGCUUUCCUCUGCCCAUCACCGCUCCCCCCCCCCCCCUCCUUCUCUGUCUCUCUCAGUUGCGUCCUCUUUACAGCCAAAGCACUUUUACCCUCCUCUUAUGUCCCUCCUCCAUCUUUUAUCUUGAUAUCCUCGUACCCCUCCUUUUUUCUGCAUCCUAUCCUCUGCCCUGCAAAGGGACUCGCAGCCCAGAUGAACGGAGGGCAAAGCCGGAGACAGAGAGCAUCCGUCAUCCAUUCGCUUUGUCCACCCGCCCUCCCUCUCUCCCUCUCCAUCCCAUCCCUCUUCCAUUCACUGUCCCUCCCCCCUCCUCUCCUCUACCCUGCUUGCCGCGGCUAGGAUCACUGCACUACUCCAUGCGCCGAGAUGGAGAGCACACACAGGGGGCGUAUUGCAGCUCAACUCAGCCAGGUGGAGAGCAGCAGAAUGGGCUGACUCGUCCCAGAGAGAGCAGAGAGGAAGGGGGUGACCCGCGUGGUCUAUGUCAUCACUUAAGGGACGCAACAUUCUGGACAGACAAGGAAUUGGACUGUCUGCGCACUGGACAAGGGCGAUACUUUCACCACACCAUUCAAGUGUUUUCUCACAAACUGUGAGGAAUUCAGAAUUCUGCGUUCGAAAGGCUUUUGUUGACUCUUGAUAUGGAUCCGGAUUGAAACUGGAUUGUCUGGUCUUUGGAUGUGGAUUAGAAUACUGAUGUGGAGCCGCUUUGGGAUAUAGAGCACUGUAGCAGGACCACAUGGACAUGUUUGGUUUCUCCAAGAUGCCAAAGCUGUCUGGCCAUAAGAACAAAAUGUCGGGCUGGCCGCCCCCUGGCCCAGGCGCCUGGGCUGGACUGCAGGGGCCUCCAUACAGCUGGGACAGCAUGAACAGCACCAUGGACGGACGGGACUGCCUCACCAACCAAGUGUCCCAGUGCAGCUCCCUGGAGGAGGUUCACCUGGAUGGGGUCCCCCCUGCCCCCCGCCUGGUGGAGAUGAGACGGGACCCGGUCCUGGGCUUCGGCUUUGUGGCAGGCAGUGAGAAACCGGUGGUGGUCCGCUCUGUCACACCAGGUGGUCCAUCGGAGGGGAAGCUGUUGCCAGGCGAUGAGAUCAUCAUGAUCAACGACGAACCCGUCAGCUCGGCUCCCAGAGAACGAGUCAUCGACCUCGUCAGGAGCUGCAAAGAAUCCAUCGUGUUGACCGUCGUCCAACCGUAUCCCUCCCCUAAAUCAGCGUUCAUCAGUGCAGCCAAAAAAGCCAUGCUCAAGUCCAAUCCGGUCAAAGUGCGCUUUGCAGAGGAGGUCAUUAUAAACGGCCAGGUUCCAAACCCGGUGAAGGACAACUCUCUUCUGUUCAUGCCAAAUGUCCUGAAGGUCUACCUGGAGAACGGGCAGACAAAGUCUUUUCGCUUCGACAGCAGUACUUCUAUCAAGGACGUGAUCCUGACCCUGCAAGAGAAGUUGUCCAUCAAAUGCAUCGAGCACUUCUCCCUGGUGUUGGAGCACAGGACGGAAGGCUCUGGAAGCAAACUGCUCCUCCUGCACGAACAGGAGAUGCUUACUCAGGUGACCCAGAGGCCCGGCUGUGACAAGAUGAAGUGUUUCUUUCGGCUCAGCUUCGUGCCCAGGGACCCCGUGGAGCUGCUCCGGAGAGACGCUGUGGCGUUUGAAUACCUCUAUGUGCAGAGUUGCAACGACGUGGUGUUGGAGCGCUUCGGCACGGAGCUGAAGUACGACGCCGCGCUGCGACUGGCUGCUCUGCAGAUGUACAUCCUCACCAUGACGACCAGACAGACCCAGAAGGUGUCCCUGAAAUACAUCCAAAAGGAGUGGGGUCUGCCGCUGUUCCUGCCUCCCGUCGUGUUGUCCAGCAUGAAGGAGAAAAACAUCAAGAAGGCUCUGACGCACAUCCUAAAAACCAACCAGAACCUCGUGCCUCCAGGGAAAAAACUGACUGCGUUGCAGGCCAAGGUGCAUUACCUGAGGUACCUCAGCGAACUCCGACUCUAUGGAGGGAGGGAGUUCAAUUCAAUACUUUUGCAAGGGGAGAAACAGACCGAGGUGACGCUGCUGGUGGGCCCGCGUUACGGCAUCAGUCACGUCAUCAACACCCGGACCAACCUAGUGGCCCUGUUGGCCGACUUCAGCCACGUCAACCGCAUCGAGAUCCUCACUGAGGAUGAGACCAACGUCCGACUGGAGCUGCAUGUUCUGGAUGUCAGGCCCAUCACACUGAUCAUGGAAGCCAGUGAUGCAAUGAACCUGGCCUGUCUAACAGCAGGCUACUACCGCCUCCUAGUGGACUCCAGGAGAUCUAUCUUCAGCAUGCCCCACUGCAAUAGCACUGGAGGGGAUGACACUGGUCAGGAUCGCGUCCUGGAAUGGCCAUACAGCACAUCUUUGGGGGACAACGAGGAGCCGUCACCCAGCCAAGGAGAGGUCUACAACAGUGACUCUGAGUAUUCCAACAAUGGGCAGAGAGAAAACAGCAUGUCUCCUUACUUCCAUGAAGCCCCAAACCCUGACAGAGACCUUGGAACACAGAGGAGUCCGUUGCCCCCUCCUCUUCCCCCCGCUACCAGACACAAACCUCAAGACUCUCCUCGGAGCGCCAAAGUGUCGUUCAUCUUUGGGGGGGACCCACCCUUGAACAAGCCUAAGAACUUGGGCUAUGAAAGACUGUUGGAGAGCCCUGAGGUCCCCGAGCACAGACCGCCCUACUUGCACAACAACACAGACUUUCGGCCACAGGACAGGGUGCCGUUUCAGUUCGGUGAUCUGACGCAUGUCUAUAGUAACAUUAUAACUGAGGAAGGUGGUGAGGAGCCACUGCUUAGGGAUCUGUUUUAUCGCGACACAACGGACGAUGCGGAGGACGACGACGAUGCUUCCUGCGAAGAGGACUCCACCGGAGGGACACCAGUGGGCGACGACGGAGGAGGCAUAGAUGAAAACCGUGGCAGCCAAGGAGGAGGGUUAGCCACGGCAGCCGGCAAGGCUUCCUUCCUCGCGCUUUCCGGUUCCACCGACGACAUCAUUGACCUGACGUCUCUGCCCCCUCCCGAGGGAGACGACAGCGUCGACGACGACGAAGACGACACGCUGCUGCAGACGCUCAACCUUGCGAUCGCGGCUCCUCCACCGGGUUUCCGGGACAAUUCAGACGAGGACGCGGCACCUGAGGGAAGGCCGCUAAGCACGCCCGAAAAUGAUGAUAUCCCGGUGUCGUUAAUCGACGCCGUUCCAACACACGAGGAGGGGGAAGGGAGCAUGGGAGGAGAGAGAAGACUGGAGAAUGCAGUCAUGCAUACCCUACAGGCACUGGAGGCUCUGUCUGUCUCUGAUCAGAGGCCUCCGCCGCCACCACCCAGCAGUAGCAAUCCAGGUGUUUACGCAUCUCGAGGCUUCAGCCCAGAGUCGUCCUCAGAUUCUGGCAAUGAGACCAACUCCUCGGAGAUGACGGAAAUCUGUGAACUGGCUGCGAAUCACAGGAUCAAUGAGAGCCACAUGCGUCUCCUGUUGGCCACAAGGGAAGGGUACCAACCUUUACUCGAGGAGAAAACCGAAUUCCCCGUCUCGCCCAGCACGGUAGGAACAAUACAGAAGAAACCCCGUAGUCCAACACGGCACCUUCAGCCUCCAGCUGUUCCCCCAAGACGGAGCCCCCUUUUGGACACCGCUUCAUCAGGGCCCGAUAGCUUGACGGUUAGAUCCCAGACAAAGCUCUCAUCCACUCUCCAGCGCCCGAGUUCCACCACACCAGGAGGCAAGCAUCACCAAAAGUCUACAGACUCCAGUGGCAAGUACAACACAUUCAGCACAAGGGAAGGGCAUCGAGGUGAGGGCAGUGGGAGCCGUGGCCAUCUUAAAUUGGACCAGCGCACUUCCUUCUCUGAGCGAGGGGAAAGUCAAAGGAGACAGAAUUCUUUUCUGGCAGAAAAUGCUGCAGCCGAGAACGUUGCAAUGAACAGCCUCCCCCGCGACCAUCACAGAAUUCCCCGCCCUCCGUCCACUAGCUCUGAUCGCCUCUUAGAUGUUGUCAACUUGGGGGACUGCGGUGCAGAUAAUGGAGCUGCUGCUGUCGAGCAAGACGAGCAUCUAGUUGUAGCGUCAUUGCUGUCCCCAACCAAAAAAUCCAGAUCAGGGGGGUCCGACCAGGGAUCGGACAUACAAAAUGACCAUCAGCCGAUUUCUAGACAGCAGAGUGUCGCACGGUUAUGUGAGUACCACCUCGCCAAAAGGAUUUCAAAUUUGCAAGGGGAAGGCCACAGUUCACAACAGGGUUCUCUGUGCUCAUCGCUGGACGCUGGCGGCAGCACGAACAGUAGUGCCUGUGCCACCCCAACUGACUCACCCCUCGGCCCCAGUGCGGUUGAAUUAAAACACCACCAUUUGCAAAGGCACCCACUCUCUAGUUCCUCCUCCUCAUUACUCAGGGUGCUAAACUAUGAGGAUAGCAAACCCGGAAUCCCCCGCGGCACCCCUAGCCAGAGCACUCAGGGAAAGGACCUCCACCCUCAUGCAGACCCUGCCCUCCUUCGGAAAAUGCUGCCCAACAUUCACCCUCCUGCUGCUGGGGCUGAACCAGGUCGCCCCUCGUCGGCCACACCGUCUAAGCAUAAAGAGACAACAGGUACUGGGAGCAAGAGGCCCCACAAUGAUCUGCAUGCUAAACAACAGGCCUGUUUUAAGGGGCUGAACCAGAAGGAAGGAAGCGAGGCCUACAGGCAACUGAUUAACUAUCUAACAGUCAGCCAGAUGCAUCAGGGAGGGAAGCUGCACAGUGCAGGCAUGGGAGGGGCAGUAAAAAAGGACACCAGGCGCUUUAUCACGAGUAACCCUCAGCUUGUCGAAAUGGUAAAGAAUAGGGGGAACACCAUUGCUCGCUGCCAAUGUAUGCCUUCCUCCAUAUCAUCCCCAUUCCUCAGCCCAAAUUUAGUAACCCCGAACGCGAACACCAUGCCGCUGGCAAAUAGAAAUCCUCAGUCAUACCAUUCUGCCACACUUCCUGCCAAACUCAAGAGAAGUUCUGACAUGCAUGCUCAGAAACUGAAUGACAGUCUAGAUUUCAUGCCCGCUACUGCCGAGAGGAGAAGCUCCUUUUCUGGCCUGGAAAGUGAACUAGAGAGGAGUGGUAUGGACCCAGAGCACUUCCUGUCCCUGUAUAAGAGAGAGGGCUGUAUCAGUCGUGACGGAGGAUUCAUUACAGGUGGAAACCGCGAGGGUGGGGGUACAGCUAACCGCCCCCCGCCUCGGUCAAGAAGCCAGCCUAGUAACAGCACUGAGGACUGGUUCAGAUCAGACCCAAGGGCAAAGCAUGCAGUUCGUCAGUCACCACAUUCUCGUCCUAAUGAUUCUCUUUGUUUCUCUGCUGCCCCCAGUGUAAGUGGUCAACGGGCUGACCUCAACACCGUCUCACUAGGAAGGGGAGACCACCCUUCAGCUUUUGUCAGGCAGACAUGUGCUGGCACUAGGGCUUGCAUUACAUCUCCCACUCCCAACCUGCAAUCUCCCCCUCCUCCACCACCUCCUCCUCCUCCUCCUCCACCUCCUUUGUCUCUUCCCUCGCAAGCCAACGCUUGCUCCGGCAUCUCUGGAUGCACACAGGAGGCCAUGCGUUCCAUCCAGUCUCGGCCAAAUCACAACCACAUUCAGGCUGUUACCCCAACACAGACGGAUCCCUUCUGCAAUAGCCUGCAACGGGGCAGGGAGCUCAAACGCAGCUCCAGCAACGUGACCGCCAGUUCCGGGGGCGUGGAGGUCCUGCUUGAUAAGCCCACUCGGUGCCGGAGCCAGCAGCCCCUGUCACCAUCUGUGCCCCUGCAAGGUGAGACCAAAGUCCAACGGAGGCCGACAAGGAAGCGGCUCUCCAAGAGCUACUCCCAAGGCUCUGUGUCCUCCCACACAUGCUGGUCUAUAGGCAGUACGGCAGACAGCAGGAGGGCGUCUGUGGCACUUCCACUACAGAAAGACGCUAAGCACAUGAAGGGCUCUCAAAAACUGGACACCAGUCCCUGGAGAUGCAAUGGGCCUUUUAGCUACUGUUUCUUCAAACGUAAGAGCAAGGGAGAGGACGACGACAUUGAGUGGGAGAGGCCCCGACGGAGCCACGGUGGGAACGAUAUGGAUAACGGCUGUGCGGCUGCAUCAGCCAUACUGCCCUGUGGCUCGGUGGUGGAUGUAGCUGGGGAGCAGCUGUACGGGGAGGUGCUCAACAACAUGAGCUUCAGCGACCGCCUUGCCCGAAUCAACGCACUCAAGGACCGCAUGUACUGCUUCCCUUCCGGCUUUGUGGACGUCCGCCGCGACGCCAGCGAGCUCAUUGCCCUGGUGAGAUCCAGCGUUGGUCGCUGCGACCGCGGGGCCCAGAUGCCUCUCCCAGACGUAUCCCAGUUCAAGCAGCUCCUCUCGGUUGAGUCUAAAGAAUUGGGCCGGGCGUGCCGGAGGAUGGCGCAGGCCCACACUAGUCCCGAGGAGAUGCUGCUAGCCGUAACUUGUAGCUUCCAGGUGCUAUGCUGUCUCUGCGAAGCUUGCAUGUGUCUGGUGAGGGGGCUCGGAGCCUCGGUUUCGCACCAACAGAGAGAGGUCGUGGCAAAGGUGGACGAGGUCGUUAUGAACUAUAUCUGUUUGCUCAAAGCGGCUGAGGCUGCCACCGUGGGAGCACCAGGGGAGCACAGCGUGAAAGCCCUGGUCCGCCACUCCAGUACCAUGUCGGCCAUUGCUAACGCACUCACCCGCUCCCUUAAAACGCUGCUUAGCAAGUAGAAGCUACUCUUGAUGCUUUAUAGUGUGGCCUACGCAGUCAGUAUUAGUCUGUCUUUAAGCAUCUUGUUAUUUUUGGUUCUGCUGAAGAAGUCGUAUAUUUUUCAUAUAAGGUCUGGACAGUCUUCAUAUCCAAAUCAAUAUAGCGUAAGACUAGUUGCAGUUCAACUUAACAUUGGAGUUACCCAAAACUCGAACUGAAAAAAAUGAGAACGAUGCUGAAAGGUAUUCCUAUCUGACUGCACUUGCUUUUUCUGAUGACAAUAUUGUAAUGUAUAUUUACAAAGCCAUACUGUCUCAGACCUUUGUAAUAUGAUAUGUACCUAAUAGAUACCCUUUUACCUGUGCAUUAUGUAACUUAUUUAAAAAAACAAAUGUGUAUAAUGUACAUAGAUACAAUAUAAAUAUAUUAUUUGCCGUAGCAGUUUCAAGAAGCCAUUGAGUGUUCAGCAUAACUUGCUCCAAUAUCGUACAGGGCUGGAGUGAAUUUACAUUCGGUUCAAUCAGUUCAUUAAGUGCAGUUUUACUUCAGAUAUUUAGAGUUUACCUGUAGAGAUGUCAGUAAAAAUGUGUCACUGUCAGUCCGGUGAGGAGAUUGUUGCCGUCAUUUUAUCCACAUGAUUCAACCUGUUAGGUUGAAUUUCUGAAUGACUGUGUAAAGAUGAACUGAUUUCAACACUGUUGUAUUACAAUGCAGUUUCAUUAUACGCAAGAUGAGAGGGACAUUUGUUAGAGAUGUUGAAAAUACAGGGACACUAUCACUGCACUGCAUUUACCACUGCUUCAUAAUUUACCAUAUAGAUUAUUUUCAGAUAAAAGUAAUAAACAACAAAUAUAAUAUAUCAAACUAUCCCCCAAAAAAUAAAUAUAUUAGACCUAUAAUGACACGAUAAUCAAUUUUGAGAAAAACAUAAUUUGUUAUGAAAUAUAUCAGAUUGACCACUGUGUUAAUUGUAUCGAAUCAUUUUUAAGCUUUUGUGUUUUAUCAUCUGUUUUGGACUCAUGUCUGUGCUUGAAGGACUUAUUAUUCCACACUAUGUAUCAAGAUGCAGUCAUGUCUCUUGAGAAGAAAUUAAAUUCCUGUUUUUCUUUUCUUUUUUUAAUAAUUCACCAACGUAUUAAAAACAUUUUACAGAUA